AUGGCUAUCACCAUCCGCGACAGUUCCAUCGGGAGUUCUCAUCGGCUUUUCUUCACUGCCCUCCGCGAACCCGAACAAAUGCCUCCGUCGCCGACACCCAACCCCAAGUUGAGCAUGUGGCAGCGAUUGGGAUUAGGAAGAUGGCUUCAUCACCGAGACGAUACCUCCGGCGCAAGCUCCCCCACCACCGACCACCCUCACCAGCACCCGCGCAGUGGUCCCCUCUCCCGCCGCAUCACCCGCAAGGUUGGUGUUGGCCUCCCGCGACCCGCGACGUUUCGACGACAGAAUUCGGAACAACGAGACCGUCUGGCUCCAACAGAGCUUGAACCACGGCGAACCCAGUCGGCGGACCGCCGGCGGACCCUGAGUGUGCAGCGAACCCAGUCACCACCCCCCGCAGCUAUCGCAAGAGUUUCUGCUCCGGAGGUUGGGACAUGGGCCGAUCAAGCCUCUGCUGCCUUGACGCUGACUGACACCAACUCAGCCCAUGAAGACUUGCGAGACACGUCGACCUUGUCACAGGUGGAUUCUGGCCCUUAUCACCGCGACGAUUUUGCCAGACAACCGGAACACUUUGAAGAGCCAUUGGACUUGGAAUUGGAAAAGAAAUGGAUAUUGAAUUUGAGCAUGCACUUUCGAGAUAAGUCGGAACGCGAGAAGUUCUUUGUAACAUAUGCCGAAAAACCCAAUCGCUGGCGGCGAGUGACAAUAUCGUGCGAUUAUCGCGGUGCUGUGCCGGAUUCAUUAGAGGGGGACUUGAAGGAAUUACAUUAUCAAAGGGACAAGAGCGCUCGCAUCUACGAGUCAAUCCGAGAAUCGCUCCCGGAAAUCCAGUUCUACGACACAGUGACGAACCUCAGGCUUGAAACGAGUGACGGCCGCUUACAUGUGCAUGUGACGGAAGAUGUGAAUGAAAUAAUCCCGUAUCCGCCCAUUACGAGUGUUGGGCAUUUGAGGUGUCGUUUGAUUCCAGAAUACAAGUUAUCGUUUGAUGCUCAUUUGUCUGGAUUUGUUUACAAAGUUCAGUUGGACGGUAAGGCUUACAUUAAAAAAGAGAUACCUGGCCCAGACACUGUCGACGAGUUUCUUUAUGAAAUAAACGCGCUCCACGGAUUAUCGGGUUCGAAAAGCGUUAUUCAAUUCGAGGGCAUCAUCGUCGAUGACCACCGUGAGAGAGUAAAGGGUCUACUAAUCAGUUUCGCUGAACAGGGCGCGUUAGUGGAUGUACUGUAUGACUUCCGUGGCCAGUUGACCCUCGGGCGGAGAGAACGCUGGGCACGCCAAAUUGUCCAGGGACUUUGCGAGAUCCACGAAGCUGGCUAUGUUCAAGGGGAUUUCACACUAUCCAACAUUGUCAUUGAUGGAGACGACAAUGCGAAAAUCAUCGAUAUCAACCGAAGAGGAUGCCCGGUAGGAUGGGAGCCACCGGAGAUUGCAGCAAAGAUUGAGAGCAACCAGAGGAUUUCUAUGUAUAUUGGUGUUAAAUCGGACCUUUUCCAGCUUGGAAUGACUUUAUGGGCACUCGCAAUGGAGGAGGAUGAGCCAGAACGCCAGCCUCGCCCACUGUUCAUUCCCGUCGAUGCUAAAAUCCCGGAUUAUUACAGGAGAGUCAUUGCUCAUUGCCUCAGCGAUCAGCCACGAGAUCGGUUAUCUGCCAAGGAGCUUCUUUACAUGUUUCCAAUGAAUCCAGACCUGCAGCCUGGAUAUUCCCCACUACCUCACUGGAUCGCCCCUGGAUCAGUCCCGACUAGCCCGCCAUAUUAUAGCCCUCUACCUCCACCAAUAUCUGACCGCAGUGUUUGCCUAGAUGAUGAUCAUGAUUCAGACCGCCCGAAUGUUAUUUAUGUAACUCCAGCCGGGGUUGAUGAGCAGGAAAUAGAUUAUCCUCCACGUGGCCGUCGAUCGUCCACCAUGCAUGCUCUUCCUCCUAGUGACUACCAGACGUCGACAUAUCUUCCUUCCAGUGCUUCUCCUAACAUAGAUGGACGUCGUUCUGUCUCACACAGCGAUUUUGAGCUUUAUCGAACCGCAUCUCCCGAUAUAAGACUUGAGCCCCGUUUUGAGGAAGUGGAAUAUAAUGGAACUCAGUAUUUGGUUAACCCAGAUGGGUUCUCAGCGGAAGAGUUUGAGGCACUUCGAGAAAAUAUACAAGAACCUCACGACUCGCAAGAACUGCACAGUGCACAUAGUUCAGGUCUGAGCCGGGUAGUUGUGCCGUCAUCUACUGGAGACAUCUCUAAAGAAGCCGAGGUUGAACGAGAUGCAAAUAUGGACUCGCAGAUUUUGGAGUCAAAACACGAAGGAAAAGAGAGUGUCGGCCAGCUCCAGAAUAGUGCACUUCUGGGUGAUAUAGCCGGCAUAGGUGGUCAUCCAUCGUUCUCACUAGAAUGCCAAAAUGAACCCGGACUCUCAAUAUCCGGUACACUUCCGCCACCUGCGACCAAAUCACCCUCCACAAAGCCCUCCUUGGAAUUGGAUGCUUUCAUUCAAAGUCCGCCUAUGAUUGACCUUGACUCCCCUCGCAUGUCUGUGGUAGUGCCUGAAACUAAAGAACCCCCUAUCACCGAGAGAGAAAUCCCGCACUGUCCUUCUGAAGGCGAGGGAACCUCGGAAAUUUCACUCUUCAGCUCUCGGCUUCCUAUUAAUCCAGCGCUUACACAGGCAUCCCCAUCACCACCAACAACAACUCUCAAAAGCGAGAUCCCACCGAACCCACCAGCUCGAACAUCAUUCCUCCUUGACUCUAUUCUACCCAUCAACCCUGCCUCUUCGAUGACCUGGCUCGACGGCUCAAAUCUUGUGAACUCUCUACCAACACACAUAUCUACCUGA